AUGGCAUCGAACAAGGACAGCCAAGGCAAAGCCCGUGAGGAGACGGACUUUAAGCUUGGUAUUUCAGCAUCGAAUGCAGGGGCCCUCGAGGAGCAGGGCAAGGCUUCUGGGGAACGCCGCGGCAAAUCCUACGGUCCAGGAUCGUUUAAGAUCCCCAAUGCAGCCGAGGAAGCUCGGCUCACCGAGACCGCAAAUGUUUCCGCCGAGAAGCGCCAGCACGUCACAGAGAAUGUCUCCAAGGAAUAUAGGAAUAAUUGA